UUUACUAAAAUGGAACUUUUUCCCGGACACAUCGCAUCUUUAAUCCCAGUUCUUCGAGAAACUACUAACAUUCACUCUAUCGACCUAACAAGUUAUAAUUCCUACAUAUUUGCGAAGGAAAGUGGAAAUAUUGCCUUAACACAUCUAAACUUCUCAAAUAACAUGCUUGACAAUUGUGCCGUUAGCCCAAAUGCUUUGCACAAACACCACUCUUCUCUCAUUAAACCUAAACAACAACAAACUUGGUGA